AUGGCUGAUAAUCUAGAAACCGACCAUGGCAGUCACCAACACGAUUCUGUCGCGUCUAUCACCGACAGUAUCUUGGACCUCAGGAAGAAGGUCGACAGCAACGAGCUCCCAGGCUUCGCGGAGCUGAUUGACGACUGGUUUGAUCCGAACGUCGACGUGGACGAAGAGCAGUUCGUCCGCCGGUUCCUGCAUACCUUCAAACAGACCGACAAAGAUUUUACAUAUGAGAAAAUCAUUGGCGACUACGACGACGAUGUGCAGGAGAUCUUCAACGACUUUGUCGACGGCAAGAUCGACGCCAAAGAAGCUGGUCAGCGAUACAGUCAAGCUACCACCGAUAAAGGUCCCCGACUCAAACGGGAUAUACGUAGAGGGGGCUCUGCUGGUGCCAUUCCUGGCGAGCCAAACAUCUUUUCAGAACCUAUCAAUCUUCUGAGGGCAGCUCCAACAAGCAUCCCUUCACGCAUUCGGGGGCUAUUUGCAAAGAUCUUUCCAUCUCUGAAAGACCCUAAACGUGCGCUUUAUGUUCCGACCUACAAGAACCUCGAGUUUCUCAACCACGGCCGGACGGUGGAAAAUACUCCGGCAUUGACGUGUGUGCCAAACACUUCUCAAGAUGUCUGUGAUAUCAUCAAAUUUGCGAAGAAGCAGAACAUGGGUGUUCGAGCCUCUGGGUUCCGUCAUUCGUGGUCCCCGGUCUUUGGUCGCUCCAACAAGAAGGGUAGUCAAAAUAACGGAGAUAUUCUUAUCUCGACCCUGGGGCUUAUCGACGCUUCAAUACUGCCAAAUCUCACGUCCCUACCGACUGAUAUCUUCCAACCUCGUGCAAAGGAUCUGAAUUCGAUAGUGGUCGUCAACCACACGUACGUCAAAGGGCCUCAGCUCACAGGCGGAAAGAAGUAUGUUCGGGUUGGAACUUCGACCACCAACGAGCAGCUACGAAGAUGGUGCAUCAACACCGGGAAAGUCACGAUGCCGAUGAACAUCGUUGAGGUUGAGAUUACGAUGGGCGGAAGUAAUGCCACAAUCUGCCACGGUGGUGGAAUCCAGAAUCCUACAAUCUCUGAUCUCGUCCGUUGUAUGGAGUAUGUUGACGCCAAUGGCAUGCUCCGCAAGAUCGACAUGUCUACCCCUGACAUCCUCAGAGCCGCUGCGGGCUGUUUCGGCCUCAUAGGAAUCGUCACGCAUCUGGUGCUCGAGCUGGACCCGUUGUCGUGUGCGCUCAUGGAACCACGCAAGGUUCCCGUUAUCGAAGCGAUUCCUCCACCACCAGGCAUGCCAGAUUCGGCGAUUCCUGCUCCUUUGCGGCCAAAGCAUCCUUUGAGCGCGGAGCGAAAAGCCGAGAUCCAGCGAGACUUUGAGACGCGCGCGACGACAACCGAUUACGCCGAGUGGUUCUGGUUCCCCUAUUCGAGCGAAGUCUGGGUGAAUACCUGGCACAAGACACUCGAUACGUCGCACGCAGUAAACUAUCCGAGUAACGCGAAGACAAUCUUGCAGGUGUUUGGCACUUUUAUGGUUCAAAUUGCACAAGAUGCGACUAUCCUGCUGAAACUGACCGAGGCACUUCCGGAGACACAGACAAAGCUGCUCACCUGGCUGUCGAUGAAGAAUUUGGAUGACGUCGGUCCGCAUGGAAAGAUCAUCAAGACAUGGGUUCCCGAUGCAUUACACUUUCAGAGGGGCGUCCAGAACCUCCGGGUGAGAGAUCUGGAGGUUGAAUUCCCGCUCCAACCAAAAGUGGAACCAGAGGUCAAUGGAGCGGCGGACGGAAACGUUAAUGGGCACGUCAACGGUGCUGCCAAUGGUACCGCCAAUGGUGCUGUCAAUGGUGCCGUCAAUGGUGCCGCGGAUGGUGCUGUCACUGGUGGAGUAUCAACGGCAGCAGCCACCAAAACCAAGGACAUUGAUUUGACUCUCGUACAACAGGCGUGGUGGGACGCCAUUCUCUCCUGCUACGCCGCGAUCAAAACGUGUCCUCAACGCAUGCCCCUGGAGAUGCGCAUCAUGUCUGGAUCGCAGGUGACUCUGGCGCCGCAACGAGGUCAUAAGCUGGGGACCUGCGCGAUCGAGAUCCUCAGUCUCCACAACGUCGCAGACAUCUGGCCCGCCUACGCCCAGAAAGUCUUGGACAAAUGGACGAGUUACAAAGACCAUGAGGGCAAGAUGGUGCCUGUGCGUGCCCACUGGGCGAAAGAGUGGUACGGGUACACUGUCCACGGGAGACGGUGGGAGGAGAUCUUCAAGGAAGAAGAGAGCCAGAACGGUGGGUUCAAGAAGGAGAUCGCCGAGUGGAGGCGCUCCGUGGGGAGGUUGGCGGCCAGGGAUGGUUGGAGGACCGAGGAUGCGAGGAGGAGAUUUGGGAACGAGGUUCUCGACUGGUUGUUUUGGCAGGAUGGGUCGGUGAAGACGACCGCUGCCCCGAACGGAGUUGUUGUCAAUGAUGCAACCGGUGAGAAGAAGCCGGGGAUUGCGAAGAGAGUAGUGAAGAGUUGUUUUGGGAAGUGA